CACCUCCGGGGGGGGCUGUUCGUGAGGUGGCGGAGGGCGAGGAGGAGGAAGAAGAAGAUGGAGUCUCGCGAGAAGUCGCCAUAGAGACGGCGGCGCUUGGGCGCGGGGGGAGCGGGUCCCGCCGCUCCUGAGGCGACGGGAGACUGGGAGAGAGAGGCGGGAUUACCCCGGGAUACGGCGGCAGCGCGGUCCGGCCGCCGCUCUGCGCUGUCCCCCCGCUGCCCGCGCAGGUAAAGGGGCGGCCGCCGGCCUCUGUCAGCGGCAGGACUGAGUCACCCCGAGGGGGGCGAGGGGGCGGGCGCCGGGACCCCCCGAGGGCGGGAGAGCUCCGGGCACAGGGAGUUCUAAUGUAUGCUUUUUAAUGCUCCACCUGAACAACUGAGAUGAGACUGAAGACUUCACUUUUAAAGGAACCAAAACAUAAGGAAUUGGUGAGCUGUGUGGGGUGGACAACAGCUGAUGAGCUCUACUCCUGCAGUGAUGAUCACCAGAUCAUGAAAUGGAACCCUUUAACCAGCGAGACAACUCGGGUGGUCAAACUUCCCGACGAGAUUUAUCCCAUAGAUCUCCACUGGUUUCCCAGGAGCAUCGGUGGGAAGAAGCAAUCCCACUCUGAGAGCUUUGUUCUGACAAGUUCUGAUGGGAAGUUCCACUUGAUUUCCAAGUUAGGAAGAGUGGAGAAAAGUGUGGAAGCACAUUGUGGAGCUGUGCUUGCAGGAAGGUGGAAUUAUGAAGGAACAGCACUGGUCACAGUGGGUGAAGAUGGCCAAGUGAAAAUUUGGUCUAAAAGUGGAAUGCUGAGAUCCACUUUAGCUCAGCAAGGAAGCCCCGUGUACUCCGUGGCCUGGGGGCCUGACUCUGAAAAAGUCCUUUACACAUCAGGGAAGCAGCUGAUUAUUAAACCUCUUCAGCCAAAUGCUAAAGUUUUGCAGUGGAAAGCCCACGAUGGACUGAUUUUAAAAACUGACUGGAAUUCAGUUAAUGAUCUGAUUCUUUCUGCAGGUGAAGAUUGUAAAUAUAAGGUUUGGGACAGUUACGGGCGGCUCCUGUACAGCUCCCAGCUCCAGGAAUAUCCCAUCACAUCCAUCGCCUGGGCCGUGGACGGGGAAUUGUUUGCCGUGGGAUCUUUCAACACUUUACGGCUCUGUGACAAAACUGGGUGGUCUUAUGCCCUGGAGAAGCCCAACACUGGCAGCAUCUUUAACAUUUCCUGGUCCAUCGAUGGCACCCAGCUGGCUGGAGCCUGUGGGAACGGCCACGUCAUCUUUGCCCACAUCGUGGAACAACGUUGGGAGUGGAAGAACUUCGAGAUCACAUUAGUUAAGAGGAGAACCAUGAAGGUGCACAAUGUCGUUAAUGAUGCCGAGGAUUCCUUGGAAUUCCGGGACAGGGUCGUUAAAGCCUCCUUGGAUUAUGGAUAUUUGGUUGUUUCAACUUCUCUUCAGUGUUAUGUGUUUUCCACAAAGAACUGGAACACCCCACUGAUCUUUGACCUGAAGGAGGGAACAGUGAGUUUGAUUUUACAAGCAGAAAGGCAUUUUCUUCUUGUAGAUGGUGGAGGACUUUAUUUAUAUUCAUAUGAAGGCAGAUUAAUUUCCUCUCCAAAAUAUCCAGGCAUGAGAACAGACAUUUUGAAUGCCCAGACUGUGUCUCUGAGCAAUGACACCCUGGCAGUAAAGGACAAAGCUGAUGAGAAAGUUAUUUACAUCUUUGAAGCUUUAUCUGGAAAGCCACUGGGUGAUGGAAAACCUCUGACCCAUAAGACCGAAAUUGUGGAGAUUGCUUUGGACCAGAAAGGACUCACAAGUGAGAGAAAAAUCGCUUUUAUUGAUAAGAACAGAGAUCUUUUCAUCACUUCAGUGAAAAGGUUUGGGAAAGAGCAGAAGAUUGUCAAAAUAGGGACAAUGGUUCAAACUUUGGCUUGGAAUGACACUUCCAACAUCCUUUGUGGGAUCCAGGACACCCGUUUCACAGUCUGGUACUACCCCAACACAGUCUAUGUGGACAAAGACCUUCUCCCAAAAACCCUCUAUGAAAAAGAUGGAAGUGAAUUCAGCAAAAACCCCCAGAUUGUGAGUUUUGUAGGGAAUCAGAUAACAAUUAGGAGAGCAGAUGGUUCCCUGGUUCACCUGAACAUUUCCCCUUAUCCCGGGAUUCUCCAUGACUACGUCAGGGCUUCCCAGUGGGAAGAUGCUGUCAGGCUCUGUCGCUUUGUCAAGGACCAGACCCUGUGGGCGUGUUUGGCUGCCAUGGCAGUGGCCAACAAAGACAUGGCCACGGCUGAAAUCUCCUAUGCAGCCAUUGGGGAGAUUGACAAAGUGCAGUACAUCAAUUCCAUCAAGGAGCUGCCAUCCAAGGAGUCAAGGAUGGCUCAUAUGCUGCUCUUCAGUGGGAACACCCAGGAGGCUGAAACUCUGCUGCUACAGUCAGGCCUGAUUUAUCAAGCUAUUCAAGUCAACAUCAAUCUCUACAACUGGGACAGGGCCCUGGACCUUGCAGUGAAGCACAAGACACAUGUUGACACAGUCCUGGCUUACAGGCAGAAAUUCUUGGAGGAUUUUGGGAAAAAAGAAACCAACAGGAGAUUUUUGCAAUAUGCAGAAGGGCUGGAAGUGGAUUGGAAGAAAAUCAGAGCCAAAAUCCAGAUGGAAAUUGUUAAAGAGAGAGAACGAGCAGCAGCCAGUCCUGCAGUGAGGACCAGUGUGACUGUGCAGCAAUAACUGACAUUUUGGGCACCUUAAUGCUUCUUGAAUGUUUUGUGCUGGCAUAUUUUGAUAAACAUUAAAAAAAAAAGCCACAGGAACAUUUAGUGGGCAACAGGAGUGAGAAUUUGUGGAGAUCUCAAUGGCUGGGUGACACACAGAAUUAUUUCUUUGCUCUCAUUUUGAGCUGGGCUCAUUUUUCUGGCUCCAUUUUAGUCCAUAAUGUCUGAGAAAAAAAGGGAAAUUACCUCUCCCUCUGCUAGUGGCUUUUAAAUUGUCUUUGCCAUUCAAAUGACUUAACCUUGGUUGCCUCUAAUUAAGUACCAAUUUCUCUGUUUAAGCACCAAGUGAAGAAGUUGGGUUAUUUCUGCAGCCUCAGGGACCUCUCCAAAGUCUUGUUUAAAUUGUCCUAAACCCAAAUUUAGCAAACUGUAAGUACUGAAGAUGUAAAAAAGGAGCUUGAGCCCAUAAAGCACAAACCACUUCACUCCCAGUUGUGGUAAUACCUGUUUCUGUCAGUGCAUAUGGACCAGAAGGUUCUUUAACAGAUAAAUUCAGGUGAUUUCAGCAACUCAGAUUUGUCACUGAGCAAACUAUUUACCAAUAAAGGGUGUUUUCUGAGAGACUGUGAAUUGUUUAAAAUACUUUAGAAUGUGCUUUUAGGGUUGUCUGAGGUAAAAACAGCACUGGAGGUUGGUUUUGUAGCACCUGACCUGUAUAACUGACAACAAUAUUUAAAAUAAGGAAUAUUUCAUGUAUUUUUUUUUCUGCCCAAAGCACUUAAUUUGCAAAUAUUCUUUUUACAUUUUGUUAUUUCAUCAAGAUACACUUUUCCUUUGUUUUACAUAUAAAAUUGGCUGCAUAUUUGAGAUGUUUUUGCAGAAGUCCUUUGUAUUUGAUAAAUACAGGAGCAGGUUGUUCAUCACUGAUAUUGUAUAAUAUGUAUUUUUCAAAUGUUACCCUCAAAAUAUCUGUACAUAUGGGAAAUGUCUUCUGGUUUGUAAAUCAUUAUGUGACCCUUUUGUGCACAGUUCAUGAAUUUCUUAAUAAAACCAAAUAAGAAAUAAAUAAAAAAGAAA